AUGUUUGAUGGUUUGAAUAAAGACAUAGAUGCUUGUAUGAGGAAAUUUGAUAGUAUGGUGCAACACGUGUCCCAAGUUCUAACGGUGGGGAUAGCAAUUGAAACUUUAUGUUUUAGUGAUUCCGUAGAUGUUAAUGGCUUUCAAGAGUGUAUUGAUCUACAAAGUGAAUAUGGCAAGUCUACAAGCAGUGAGGAGGUUUCGGGUUCCUCACCAUUGGGGCACGAAGAACAAUGUUGCUUGAAUUCAAUCGGGGUUGAUUUUGCUGCUACGAGUAGUAAGAUGAAGCUGUCAUCAAUUAAAGGUAGCUUAAGGAACUUGUUUCAAGGUCAAAAGAACGAGUCUUUCGAUGAUAGCCAUGUUCGUCAGUCUAGUUUUAUAGCCGAGAUAGCUUCAGAUUUUUCAAAUCUCAGUCACCAAGAACAAGGUGAUGAGACUAAAGACACUUUGCCGACAGCUAAUGAAAUUUUAAAGGGGUUAAUCUGCAAUGGUCGGCAGCACGGGGCAGCCACCGUAUCAGCUUAUUUUCUUUCACAGUUUAGUCAGCAAGAUAAAAGCAUAUUGACGACACUCGGCGUUGAUCAAGCUGAAACAAGCACGACUACAUCAUUGGUGGCUGGUGAGGUAUCCACAAAAUUGAUUUGCAAUGAUGGUGAUCAAACUCGGCAGCUUGAUUUGUCGGCCGAUUAUAUUUCUCUUCAGCAAUUGGAUCAAGACCGUUUGAGGACGCAAGAGGAGGAACGGGAUAAUAUGAGCAAGAUCGAGUUGCCGGAAGUAGAGAGUGUCCCAAAAAAAGGGGUUAGUGGUAAUCAAAGUCACGUUCGGCAUACCAAUUUUAGUGGCGAUCGAGCUAAGCAAACAAUUGUUCCUUCGCAAGCCAAAAAAUGCUCCAAUCAUUCAAGGAUUUACGACAAGAGAGGCUCCGUGAGGUCCAACAACAAAAGGCAUAAGGAGGAGAAAUACAUUGCUUGGCUGGAUUAUGGUGCUACUGUUGAAUGGAAGUUUGAGUUAACCGCUGAUCAGAAGAUCUUGAAAUCAUUAGCUGGUCAAUGGAAAAGGCGUUGCACUAGGGCUUAUGCCAAACUUUUUGGGUCUACACCAAAGAGGAUUGGAGCAUUUCAUGUUGAAAAGAUAGUGGCCAAAAAGGAUGGUGAUAUGAAGCCAAAGGUUAAUGAGAAUAGAGAGUACAAUGAAGAUAAUCGAUUGAAGAAUGAUGAAGCAGAGAUAGAAGUCAUUAAGCCGAUUAAGAACGAUAGGUCGAACAAGAAGGGUAGUAAGACAAACGAUUCGGGUACAGUUAGUAGUGCUACCAUGGCAAGUCCAGUUCUUAAACGAUAUGGUAGCCAGUUUCAGGUUGUGCGUAACAAGAUAGUUACUUCUCCAAUGAAUUCUCAAGGGCAGUCCUUUUCAACAGUCACAAAGGAGGUCAAGAGCAAAGAUGUCAUUUAUGGUUCUAAAGUUCAAGAUGUUGAGAAGCGAAAAGUCAACAGUACUUUUAGUUCUCCCAUUUCAAAUGGCCAGUUUAGUCCAAAAUCAGGCCUCAGUAUUAACAUGGCUCAAGAACAGAGAGGAACCGUAGAAACUAUCCGCGGAGACAAUGAUCACAAGAGUCCAGAUCCAGUUCCAGAGCAAGCGGCAGUUUUAAAGGAAGGUCUCAGCCGUCGCAAAAAAGUAAGCGUGCACCAUUAG